CCACAGCUCUCUCCUGCACUCUGUCUUCUUUCCUUGCUGUUCUCAGGCCCCAGCCAGCUUGAGCCCCUUUCCUCUCGAAGGCACAUUCGAGAAGCCAAGGCGCAGCCAUGGCGGAUGCAGAGAUGUCUGCGUUUGGGGAGGCCGCCCCCUAUCUGCGCAAGUCGGAGAAGGAGCGGCUGGAAGACCAGACCAGGCCUUUCGACCUCAAGAAGGAUGUCUUCGUGCCUGAUGUCAAAGAGGAGUUCGUCAAGGCCAAGAUUAUGUCUCGAGAGGGUGGCAAAGUCACCGCCGAGACAGAGUUUGGCAAGACGGUGACUGUGAAGGAGGAACAGGUGUUGCAGCAGAACCCGCCCAAGUUCGACAAGAUCGAGGACAUGGCCAUGCUGACCUUCCUGCACGAGCCCGCGGUGCUCUACAACCUCAAGGAGCGCUACGCGUGCUGGAUGAUCUACACCUACUCGGGCCUCUUCUGCGUCACCAUCAACCCCUACAAGUGGCUGCCGGUGUACAACGCCGAGGUGGUGGCCGCCUACCGGGGCAAGAAGAGGAGUGAGGCGCCGCCCCAUAUCUUCUCCAUCUCCGACAACGCCUACCAGUACAUGCUGACAGACAGAGAAAACCAGUCCAUCCUGAUCACCGGAGAAUCUGGGGCAGGGAAGACGGUCAACACCAAGAGGGUCAUCCAGUACUUUGCUGUCAUUGCUGCCAUUGGUGAUCGCAGCAAGAAGGAGCAGGCCUCAGGCAAGGGCACCCUCGAGGACCAGAUCAUCGAGGCCAACCCCGCCCUGGAGGCCUUCGGCAACGCCAAGACCGUCCGGAAUGACAACUCCUCCCGCUUUGGGAAAUUCAUUCGAAUCCAUUUUGGGGCCACCGGAAAGUUGGCAUCUGCAGACAUAGAGACCUACCUUCUGGAAAAAUCCAGAGUUAUUUUCCAGCUGAGAGCAGAGAGAGAUUAUCACAUUUUCUACCAAAUCCUGUCUAACAGAAAGCCUGAGCUGCUGGACAUGCUGCUGAUCACCAACAACCCCUAUGACUAUGCAUUCAUCUCCCAAGGAGAGACUACUGUGGACUCAAUUGAUGACGCAGAGGAGCUUAUGGCCACUGAUAAUGCCUUUGAUGUGCUGGGCUUCAGUUCAGAGGAGAAGAACUCCAUGUACAAGCUGACGGGAGCCAUCAUGCACUUUGGAAACAUGAAGUUCAAACUCAAGCAGCGAGAGGAGCAGGCCGAGCCAGAUGGCACCGAAGAGGCCGACAAGUCCGCCUACCUCAUGGGGCUGAACUCAGCCGACCUGCUCAAGGGGCUGUGCCACCCUCGGGUGAAGGUGGGCAACGAGUACGUCACCAAGGGGCAGAAUGUCCAGCAGGUGGCGUACGCCACUGGGGCGCUGGCCAAGGCCGUGUACGAGAAGAUGUUCAGCUGGAUGGUGACGCGGAUCAAUGCCACCCUGGAGACCAGGCAGCCGCGCCAGUACUUCAUAGGCGUCCUGGACAUUGCCGGCUUCGAGAUCUUCGACUUCAACAGCUUUGAGCAGCUCUGCAUCAACUUCACCAACGAGAAGCUGCAGCAGUUCUUCAACCACCACAUGUUCGUGCUGGAGCAGGAGGAGUACAAGAAGGAGGGCAUCGAGUGGGAGUUCAUCGACUUCGGCAUGGACCUGCAGGCCUGCAUCGACCUCAUCGAGAAGCCCAUGGGCAUCAUGUCCAUCCUGGAGGAGGAGUGCAUGUUCCCCAAGGCCACUGACAUGACCUUCAAGGCUAAGCUGUUCGACAACCACCUGGGCAAGUCCAGCAACUUCCAGAAGCCACGCAACAUCAAGGGGAGGCCGGAAGCCCACUUCUCCCUGAUCCACUACGCCGGCACCGUGGACUACAACAUCAUAGGCUGGCUACAAAAAAACAAAGACCCGCUCAACGAGACGGUGGUGGAGUUGUACAAGAAAUCCUCGCUUAAGAUGCUCAGCGCCCUGUUUGCCAACUAUGCUGGGUUUGACACACCUAUCGAAAGGGGCAAAGGCAAGGCCAAGAAAGGCUCAUCUUUUCAGACCGUGUCAGCUCUGCACAGGGAGAAUCUGAACAAGCUGAUGACCAACUUGCGCUCCACACACCCCCACUUCGUGCGGUGCAUCAUCCCCAAUGAGACAAAGACUCCAGGGCUGAUAGACAACCCCCUGGUCAUGCACCAGCUGCGCUGCAAUGGCGUGCUGGAGGGCAUCCGCAUCUGCAGGAAGGGCUUCCCCAACCGCAUCCUCUACGGGGACUUCCGGCAGAGGUACCGCAUCCUGAACCCGGCAGCCAUCCCCGAGGGCCAGUUCAUUGACAGCAGGAAAGGGACAGAGAAGCUGCUGGGCUCCCUGGACAUUGACCACAACCAGUACAAGUUCGGCCACACCAAGGUGUUCUUCAAGGCGGAGCUGCUGGGGCUGCUGGAGGAGAUGCGGGACGAGAGGCUGAGCCGCAUCAUCACCCGCAUCCAGGCUCAGUCCCGGGGUGUGCUCUCCAGAAUGGAGUUCAAGAAGCUGUUGGAACGCAGAGACUCCCUGCUGGUAAUCCAGUGGAACAUUCGGGCCUUCAUGGGGGUCAAGAACUGGCCUUGGAUGAAGCUCUACUUCAAGAUCAAACCGCUGCUGAAGAGCGCAGAGAGAGAGAAGGAGAUAGCCCUCAUGAAGGAGGAGUUUGGGCGCCUCAAAGAGGCUCUGGAGAAGUCGGAGGCUCGACGCAAGGAGCUGGAGGAGAAGAUGGUGUCCCUGCUGCAGGAGAAGAACGACCUGCAGCUCCAACUGCAGGCGGAACAAGACAACCUGGCUGAUGCAGAAGAGCGCUGCGACCAGCUGAUCAAGAACAAGAUCCAGCUGGAGGCCAAGGUGAAGGAGAUGACCGAGAGGCUGGAGGACGAGGAGGAGAUGAACGCCGAGCUCACGGCCAAGAAGCGCAAGCUGGAAGACGAGUGCUCUGAGCUCAAGAGGGACAUUGAUGACCUGGAGCUGACGCUGGCCAAGGUGGAGAAGGAGAAGCACGCAACAGAGAACAAGGUGAAGAACCUGACAGAGGAGAUGGCUGGGCUGGACGAGAUCAUUGCCAAGCUGACCAAGGAGAAGAAAGCUCUGCAAGAGGCCCACCAACAGGCCCUGGAUGACCUUCAGGCUGAGGAGGACAAGGUCAACACCCUGACCAAGGCCAAGGUCAAGCUGGAACAGCAUGUGGACGAUCUGGAGGGAUCCCUGGAGCAGGAAAAGAAGGUGCGCAUGGACCUGGAACGAGCCAAGCGGAAGCUCGAGGGAGACCUGAAGCUGACCCAGGAGAGCAUCAUGGACCUGGAGAACGACAAGCAGCAGCUGGAUGAGCGGCUAAAAAAGAAGGACUUUGAGCUGAACGCCCUCAAUGCGAGGAUUGAGGAUGAGCAGGCCCUGGGCAGCCAGCUGCAGAAGAAGCUCAAAGAGCUUCAGGCACGCAUCGAGGAGCUGGAGGAGGAGCUGGAGGCCGAGCGCACUGCGCGGGCCAAGGUGGAGAAGCUGCGCUCAGACCUGUCCCGGGAGCUGGAGGAGAUCAGUGAGCGGCUGGAGGAGGCCGGCGGGGCCACAUCCGUGCAGAUCGAGAUGAACAAGAAGCGCGAGGCUGAGUUUCAGAAGAUGAGGCGGGACCUGGAGGAGGCCACGCUGCAGCACGAGGCCACGGCGGCCGCCCUGCGCAAGAAGCACGCCGACAGCGUGGCCGAGCUGGGCGAGCAGAUCGACAACCUGCAGCGCGUGAAGCAGAAGCUGGAGAAGGAGAAGAGCGAGUUCAAGCUGGAGCUGGACGACGUCACCUCCAACAUGGAGCAGAUCAUCAAGGCCAAGGCUAACCUGGAGAAGAUGUGUCGGACCCUGGAGGACCAGAUGAACGAGCACCGAAGUAAGGCCGAGGAGACCCAGCGUUCUGUCAACGACCUCACCAGCCAGCGGGCAAAGCUGCAGACCGAGAACGGUGAGCUGUCCCGGCAGCUGGAUGAGAAGGAGGCGCUGAUCUCCCAGCUGACCCGAGGCAAGCUCACCUAUACCCAGCAGCUGGAGGACCUCAAGAGGCAGCUGGAGGAGGAGGUUAAGGCGAAGAACGCCCUGGCCCACGCGCUGCAGUCAGCCCGGCACGACUGUGACCUGCUGCGGGAGCAAUACGAGGAGGAGACGGAGGCCAAGGCCGAGCUGCAGCGCGCCCUGUCCAAGGCCAACUCGGAGGUGGCCCAGUGGAGGACCAAGUAUGAGACGGACGCCAUCCAGAGGACCGAGGAGCUGGAGGAGGCCAAGGGAGCACCUCGAGACCUUCAAGCGGGAGAACAGGACGCUGCAGGGUGCCGGGCCCAGGCCGGGGGCGGGGCAGGGAGGGUCCGCACGUGGCGCCCCCCAGCGGCUCCUAGAGGCGUGCCCACCCCACCCCCACCCCCCGCUGGACCCCGGCUGCCCCCCGCUGAGCGGCCCGCCCCUCCCACAGAGGAGAUCUCCGACCUGACUGAGCAGCUGGGCUCCAGUGGAAAGACCAUCCACGAGCUGGAGAAGGUCCGCAAGCAGCUGGAGGCCGAGAAGCUGGAGCUGCAGUCGGCCCUGGAGGAGGCCGAGGCCUCCCUGGAGCACGAGGAGGGCAAGAUCCUGCGGGCCCAGCUGGAGUUCAACCAGAUCAAGGCAGAGAUGGAGCGGAAGCUGGCAGAGAAGGACGAAGAGAUGGAGCAGGCGAAGCGCAACCACCUGCGGGUGGUGGACUCCCUGCAGACCUCCCUGGACGCGGAGACGCGCAGCCGCAACGAGGCCCUGCGGGUGAAGAAGAAGAUGGAGGGCGACCUCAACGAGAUGGAGAUCCAGCUCAGCCACGCCAACCGCGUGGCCGCCGAGGCCCAGAAGCAAGUCAAGAGCCUCCAGAGCUUGCUGAAGGACACCCAGAUCCAGCUGGAUGACGUGGUCCGUGCCAACGAUGACCUGAAGGAGAACAUCGCCAUCGUGGAGCGGCGCAACAACCUGCUGCAGGCCGAGCUGGAGGAGCUGCGGGCCGUGGUGGAGCAGACGGAGCGGUCCCGGAAGCUGGCCGAGCAGGAGCUGAUCGAGACCAGCGAGCGGGUGCAGCUGCUGCACUCCCAG